AUGCAAGCACUGCAGCAGCUUCCGAGCAUUGCCCACUUCCAGUCACCGAAAUCGUUGAUGCGAUGCGCGGAGAUCAAGCAACGUGGGACGCUUCAUAACUUCCGCUACCUCCGUGAAGGUAUGUUCGAUGAACUCUCUGACUUUUCAACCAGCACCAGAGGGAAGACCAAUUGUCGGCGGGCUCCGAAACAAGUAUCCGCGGACAAGGACAAUGAAGAAGCCCUCAUUGGUCUCAGCGCGCCACGCACCAUCGCAGCCAACGGUAGCGGGACAUGGAUCAUGUUGCACUGCACUUUUGUCUGGUCUACAGUUCACACUUUGAGCAUGAACACCAUUCUUUGGUCAUAUUGA